UUAUUAUUAUUAUUAUUAUUAUUAUUAUUGAUUGUUGGCGCCUCCUUGGAGACGGACUUCUACAAAGCGCUUCAUGAUGUUGAACAAUAUGGAUUUGAACGCGAAAGAUUCCUUCUACCCGCAGUUUGACAAUUGCAACAGUUCCUCCCUGGGAAUGGAAAGCAGCGCGCGUAAAGAGAACCAGGAGGUGUACGUGGACGCGGAGCGGGGGGUAUCUGCCCAGUUUGGCCACGAAGGAACCCCCGCAGCCCUGAAAACAGAAGCCUCCAGCUCCGAGUUCGCUUUUAACCCCUGUGAGUGCCCGAAAGACUCCUACAGCCUGUCGUCGCUCGCUUAUUCGGGCAGUUUCUACGUGGAGACAUCUCAGGGAGCGCCGUGCAGCACCGAGACGCUGCUCAACAUGAUCACGGAGAUCGUGGGUAUAUCCACGCUGCCGGUGACAGAAGCGCAGCAGAGCGCCAGCAGUCGGGGAACUUAUCCAUCGCCUGCACCGAUGGACACCUGCAGCAGCGCGAAUUUUGGAGAGGCUGGAGCCAAGAGGCAGCAGCCCUACACCUGUUCUGGAGCUACUCCCCCCGUGUAUUCUCCAGGCCAGACGUGCCCACGGUACGCCGACGAUCAGACCGGGAAUCAGACGCAAGACAGCUUCGGUUCCUCUCGAGCUUCGAACCAGAAGAAGGUCGAGCCAAAGUCCGAGGCGGCCUCCUUCCCCGUGGUGGUGAAGAACGAGUUCGAGAGCAGCUGCUACGAGUGGGGUGCGUUUAAUAAGUCUGACUGUUUAGAAACCACCUUCCAGACGGAAACCUUCCCCAUGUCAAGUGAUUUCCCACCCGAGCAGCAAAUGGAUGUAAAGCAACUUUUAGACACCUUCCCCCCAAUUUGUCCCAACCCAGAGAUGGAGUUUAAAGUGGAAGGGGGCAUCAAACAGGAGCCGUGUUUCUCUGACACCUGCUCCCAGAGCUACUCCAGCCCCCUCUAUAAUAAUUAUCUGCCAGCGCCAAUGGGCCUCAAACCGUUCUCUGCGGAACACCCACCAUCUAAUCAGUGCGAUCCCUUAUACAGCGCACCGGUGGUACCUAGCACCAUAGACUCCAUUCUGUAUUCUUCAUUAUUACCAGAUUCUUUUGCGCAAAGUUACACCCGUGCGUCAAAGCCACCCAGGGCCAGAAAAAGCGCUGCCGCCUCCUCCUCCUCCGCCGCAGCAGCAUCAGCGGGCGGCGCGUCUCACGGCCCUGUCAAAGAGAAACCAUUCACCUGCCCCAUGGAGAGCUGCGACCGGCGCUUCUCUCGCUCCGACGAGCUCAAUCGGCACAUCCGCAUCCACACGGGCCACAAGCCCUUCCAGUGCCGCAUCUGUUUGCGCAGCUUCAGCCGCAGCGAUCACCUAACCACCCACACCAGGACUCACACCGGAGAGAAACCGUUCUCCUGCGACGUGUGCGGCAAACGCUUCGCGCGCAGCGACGAGCGGAAGCGGCACGGACGCGUUCACCUGAAACAGAAGGAGAAAAUGGAAAUAAAGCCGCAGGUCAGCACCGGCACGUGGCCCUUCACUCUACCCGAGGGUAUUUGAGGAAAACGGACGUGCACGACCGCGAGGGCGUGUGUGCGCGCGCUGUUAAAGGAUCUUUCCG